CAGGAAAUUAUUCAAAACGAUUUUAACUGCCAAUUUCGUGAUAUUGUUGUGUGGUGUCUUACAUUAAGUUUCAAUCUGAUUUGAACAUUCUUUAUAGUGAUUGUAUGUAAAUAACCAUUAAUAGUAUCAAGAUAUCUAACGCACGAUUUUGUAGCGAAGUAGGAAAAAUAAUAUCUAUAUAGUAAGAGACGUAAAUAGAUAAUAUGGAACCACCAAAAAAGAAUCGAAUUAGAAGAUUACUUAAUGCUUCUGUAAUGGAACCAGAGAGGCAAAACGCAUCAGAUGCCAUUCGUCAAACCACCGUUCGACACAGGUUAACAAUGAAUUCAUCUGAUUUUGUCUUACCACACAAUCAUCUAAGAAAUCAUGCAACUGAUCGAUUGUCGAUGCUCCCACAGCAAUUCAUAGAGGAAAGUGCUGAUAAUGAGGAUGUAGAUCUGAAUCUUCUAUACAACGAAUAUUUACAAAACUUGAUGACAGAAAUUAUUUUAAAGAAAAAAAAGCAGAAGAUGGAGAAAUUAAUUGUAUCACAAUUGGCAACAAUGGCUAAAGAAAUUGAUCACAAUAAGGAAAAGUUAUUUGAAUUGAAAACUAGAGAGAGAGAUAUAAUACAUUUAACUAAGUUACAGAAUGAAAUAGACUCACAAAUUGCAGAAGUAAAAAAUUGUACUAAAUUUGAGAGUAUUAGUAAGCUGAAAGGUAUCUUGUCCCAGUUAUAUACCCUUUUACGAGAUCAUGAUGUACUACGUUGUGAUAAUGUAAUUCUUCCUGAGACACCCAAAGAGUGGGAAGAGACACUGAAAGUACUAAAAUCCAGCCGUGAUACUUUAAAAUCUAUUAUGGAUUUAAUUGGUUCAGAGAAUGAAUCAUACCUAGGUGUUAAUAAUGGUAUUAAAGAAUUUUUAAACACUUAUGAACAUAUUAAAGAUCUUCACAAAAGAUUGGAGAAAGACAUUCUUGAACUACAAGCAUACGCACUGAAAACUGCAGCGUUGUCUUUAAUGUCAAGUAACAAGACUGAGAAUUAAACAACACGCGACUAUUAGAUUAAAUAUCACAGCAUUGAGUAAUUCUUAAAUAUGAUUCUGAAUCUAUAACUUAGUGUUUGAAAUAACAUCAAUACUC